AUGGAGCAAAGUUCAACAGUGCUCGCCACCCACGUGCUCGCCAUGGUCCCGUCUUGCCUCGACAGCUUCCGACUCACGUUCACGGACGAGCAGCGAAACCGACGCGACCUUCCCGAACUCACGACGCUUACGGACCGCAUUCGCAUCCAGCUUCGUUCGGCAGGACUCUCGACCUCGCAUUCGGCCAUGCUUGCCACGCGCUCCCCUUGCCCCGCCUGCCGCGCUCCCGGUCACCGCCUGCGCGACUGCACUUCACGUGCGAAGCACCCGCCCACCGGCCCCUGCCGCCGAUGCCACAAGAAAGGUCACUGGGCACUCGACUGCAAGAACCGGGGUGAACAGGCACGUAGCAGCGACGACACCCAGGACGACACGUCUUCCUCCGCGGCCUCGCAACCGAACGUCGGCUAUUUCGCCUCCUGUCUCUUCGCUCGUCGCCAACUCCCAACUGACGCCUUUGUAGUCGAUUCGGGUGCCACGACACACAUGGUCGCCGACCGAUCUCUAUUCACGACUUAUCAUCAGACGGCACACACCAAGAUCGGCGGCAUCGCGGGCGGCAUCACGGCUAUCGGCAUGGGGGACGUGGCAUUCGUCGCCAAGACUGGACACCCGAUCACGCUCCGUGGUGUUCUUCACACGCCUGGCCUACACGUCAACCUCCUCUCUGUCUCUCGCCUCUGCGACACCGACCGCGUUCGUCUCGCCUUCACCAGCGACGGCAUCGACAUCGCCAAGGACGGCCGGGCCAUUGCUCACGGUACCAGGGUCAACGACGGUCUUUACCUUUUGGACGCGGAUCACACCAAGUGUCAGCAUCUUGCCUUCCUCUCACGCUCUGAGUCUCCCGUGCCCCUGCUUACCCUACACCGCUGCCUCGGCCAUCUUGCCCCAUCCUCUAUACAGAAGAUGAUUGCUGCAGGUUUGCUGGACGGGUUUGGGGCCGGGUACAGUGACAAAGACGUAGAGGAGUUUGUUUGCAAUGCUUGCCUUGGUUCCAAAGGUCACCGCCUUCCCUUUCCCGACUCUGAGUCGCAUUCCGCCGAGAGACUUGGCCUCGUGCACAGCGACGUCCUGUCGUUCCCCACUCCGUCCUUGACCGGGAAGCGCUACCUUGUCACGUUUCUAGACGACCACUCUCGCAAACUCUGGGCAUAUGCGAUCGAUCACAAAAGCGAUGUUUUCCCGACCUUCCAGACUUGGCUCGCCGAAGUGGAGUUAGAGACGAACGCGCGGUUGAGGAUCCUUCGAACCGACAAUGGCGGGGAGUACCGAUCAAACGCAUUCACGGAGUUCUGCAAAUCCAAGGGCAUUCGUCGUCAAUACUCUAUCCCUUACACGCCUCAACAAAACGGUCGCGCCGAACGUGUCAACCUCUCCAUCGUCGAGGGCGUCCUCGCUCUCCUUGCGGACGCCCGUCUGCCGGCCACCUUUUGGGAUGAAGCGGCUGCGUAUUUCGUUUAUUGCAAAAACAGGUGCUCACACUCAGCUUUGGCCAAACAGACUCCAGAAUCCGUUUGGAACGGCCAACGCACCACCGCCACCGCCCUCCACCCGUUCGGCUGCACAGCCUGGCUCACGGUCGCCCCGGACCUUCGCAGCAAGCUCGACCCCAAGGCCGCGCGCGUGAUCUUCACAGGUUACGACCUCGCCUCCAAAGCUUUCCGUUUCUUUGACCAUUCCAUCAACAAGAUUGUACUUGGUCGCAAUGCCACCUUCCUCGACGACGACUUCCCCGGCCUGCCAGUCACCACGCCCGUCGAUGCAGACGACACCGACCGUCAGUUCGUCGUUCCCGCCGACACGCCCGCCCCUGCCGUCAAGACGAGGACCCCACUAGUAAGGUCGGCGCACAUGGACGUCUCAUCCUCCCUUGAUGAUUCUGCCAUGAGCGCCGUUGACGUGGCCCCAGGGUACACUGGCGGAACCUUACUUAAUUCCACAGAUACCGAAUCGUCCUCGUCACCGUCUCCUGAGCCGUCCUCGUCACCGUCGCCCACAAACCCUUUGUCACCGUCGCCUGCGCUGUCACCGUCGUUGGCAGCGUCAUCGUCACCCUCGGUCUCACCGACCGACUCUGACUACUCCGCCGACCCUCUGGACCUCAUCGGCUCACAGACCCCGACUCGCCUUGGCCCACCGGACGUGCACCGCCCAGACUUCAGCACGUACCGUGAGCCCGCAUCGGCUGAGGAGUCGCCCGACGAACUCGACAUCAUUGGGCGUCACUCGCGCGAUGAAUCGCCGGAUGAAAUCGAUUUCCUCACCCAACACCACCGCGCCUUCAUCGCCACAGACGACGACGACCCCACCCUCGACGCCAUCGAGCCCGUCAAAUCGAUCACUAGCGACCCCCAGACCUGGCGCGAAGCAAUGUCCAGCGACGAGCACAACAUCUGGGCUGAGGCCGCCGCCGCCGAGUUCACCGCCAUGCGCGACGACUUCAAGGUGUUCACCAUCGAGCCUCGCUCAUCUGUACCGCCGGGCGCCACCAUCGUCACCUCCAAAUUCGUCUGGAAGACCAAGCGCAACGCAAGCGGUGAAGUCACGGGGCGGAAGGCACGUCUUGUAGCGCAGGGUAACCGACAGCGCGACGGCAUCGACUUCUCAGAAACCUUCGCACCCGUCGCCCGUUUCUCCUCCAUUCGCUGCCUCCUGGCUCUUGCCGCUGCCAAUGGCUACCACGUUCAUCAGGCCGACAUCGACAAGGCUUACCUCCACGGCGAGCUCGAUCAUGAUAUCUGGAUGACGACACCACGCGGUUUCGACUUCCCGAGCGAUAAGGUUCUCCGGCUGCGACGCUCAAUCUACGGUCUCAAGCAGGCCGGUCGCAUCUGGAAUCGUCACAUUGACACAUCACUCAGGAAUCUGGGGUACAAGGCAACAGGCACUGAUCACUGCAUUUACUCUCGCAUUGACGAUCAGCAGCGGCCUCACUAUAUCGCCUUGUAUGUCGACGACCUCCUCAUUGUCAGUCCAGCCCUCGACGAGAUCGAACGUGUCAUCUCCGGCCUUGAACAGCGGUACGGCGUCAAACGACUCGGCCCCGCGGAGUACAUCCUCGGAAUCCAAAUACGCCGCCUGGACGACGGUUCCAUUGCUCUAUCCCAGGAGCGCUACAUCAUGGACGUGCUGGCCCGUUUCCACUUCGACACCACGACACGCGGCACUACGGUGCCGAUGACGCCCGGCCUCUCGCUCACGGCAAUUCCGGGUCAGGGAACGGAGCGCAUUCGUUCGUGGUACCUACAGGCCAUCGGCUCCCUCCUCUACAUCUCCCUUGGCACUCGACCCGACAUUGCCUUCGCCGUCUCGUACCUGUCCCGGUUCGCCAACAACCCCGGCCGCCGCCAUUGGAUUGCCGUCAAACACGUCCUUCGCUACCUUCGCGCCACGUACCGCGAUGAGCUUCUCUAUGCCCGCGGCCCAGCAAAAGUCACGGGUGUGGUUGGUUAUUCUGAUGCGAACUGGGGCGCCUGCGUCGACACAUCCAUUUCAACGAUGGGCUACGUAUUUUACUUGGCAGGCGCCGCUGUCUCUUGGUCGUCGAAGCGUCAGACUCGGGUAGCGGAUUCCACCACUGAUGCCGAGUACCUGGCCUUGUCGCACGCGGGUAAGGAAGCGAUCUACCUUAACCAACUCCUCUCCGAGCUCCACGUUUGCCCAAUCGCUGCAGCUCACAUCUUCACCGACAACGAGGCCGCGGCCGCCGUCGCUCACGACCCCGUUCGCACCUCCGGCACCCGGCACAUUCGCCUCCGCGAGCAUUUUGUCCGUGACAUGGUCAAUCGAGGUGAUAUCUCUCUCUCACACGUUGGCACAGCAGACAUGGUUGCGGACGUAUUCACCAAAGCGCUAGGCCCCAAGAUUUUUGGUACACAUUGCUAUGCUCUAGGCCUCCGGACGCGACAUCCACGGCUCAAGUCUACCUCGCGUUCGCGUGGGGGGGGUGUGAGGAAUCCACUCUCCGCUCGGCUCAGGACUUAGGCGCGCGGAGCGAACCGGGCGCGGACUUAGGCGCGCGGAGUGAGCCGGGCGCCCCGGCCCAGGACUUAGGCGCGCGAAGCGAGCCUGGGACUUAGGCGCGCGGAGCGAGCCUGGGCCAUUGGCUCAGCCCCAGGCUCGCUGGCUGUGGACUUGGGGCGCGCGGGUCUCUUAUUGUUAGCUUCCUAUUCAUCACUCUUGGCUAUAACUACAUCGCUGACGUAGUAGAGUUGAUCGAAUAGGUAUGUUGAAAUGCAUUCAUCACUCUUGGCUAUAACUACAUCGCUGACGUAGUAGAGUUGAUCGAAUACUAUCACACAGCGCCGCGGGCGUGGGCCAAGGCGCUGAGCAGGGCCUUCAACGCGAUGACCGAGCGCGGCUCGCUUUCACCGAAGCAGGGGCAAGGACUCGCUCGCCUGCUCUUCAAGCACCACAAGAUCGGGGCCGAUCGCGCCGAGCUCUCGUCGUACCGGCCCAUCACCUUGCGCGAGUGCGACUACAAGCUCUUCACCAAGGUCUACGUUGCGCGACUCAACCACGUGCUGCCGGACCUGCUCCCACCGCAACAGCACGGCUUCGUCAAGGGCCGCCGAUCGGCGGACGCGUCAUUCCACCUGCGACUCUUGAUCGAAGAGCUGGGCGCGCGCGGCACCGAGUUCCCUGACGCGGCGCUCUUGUCUCUUGACCAAUCGUCGGCUUACGACCUCGUCGAGCACGAAUGGAUCUUCGCCAUCUUCGACGCUCUCGGCGCUCCUGCCGCCUUCCAACGCGUUCUGAGGAUGCUCUACUCGGGUGACUCAACCACGGCGCGAUAUAUCAUCAACGGCUUCUUGACUCCGCCGGUGCGGCUGACGUGUGGGCUCGGCCAAGGGGACCCGGCGUCGUCGUCGGUCUGGGAUGUCGUGUUCCAGCCGUUCCUGGAUGCUCUGCACCGUCGAGGCAUCGCGCUGAACCUCUCGCUUCCUACCAUUCACCCCUACCCACAGAGCCGCGCCAUUACAUCCCUUGCGUUUGCCGAUGACGUCGUCGUCGCUGUCGCGGGCUCGGAGUCACUCAACUUGCUCGACGACCUGGCGCUCGACUGGAGGCUCGCAACCAAUGGCCGGCUCAACACCGACAAGACCGUCGUACUACCCAUCGGGUGUCGCUGGGAGGCUGGCGAUCGUCCGCUCGUCGUCAAGGCCGAGGGCGAGUCGCUCGAGUGGAUCGGCCUAUCUUUCGACCCCACCGGCAACACCGAACUCGCCAACGUGAAUCUCGUCGCACGGCUCGAAGCGGUGCUCGAUUCGGCACGGGACCGAGGGCUCACACACCACACCCGAGCGUUCUACGUCAACCGAUACGCCAUUCCCAAGAUUCUGCACAUCCUCUCCGCCGACAUCCCACCGCUCGAGGUCGUCAAGGAGCUUGAUCGCAUUCUCGCCGACUUUGUCCGCGGCGGCAAGAGGAGGUCGUGCUAUGGCAAGGACGUCGUCUUCACACCGAGGUUCAAGGGGGGUCUUGGGGUCAUGCGGAUGCAGGACGUCGUCGACUCGGUUGCGGCACGCGUCUGGGACGUGCUUCUUGGCGGUUCGGAUGCGAUCUGGCAGGGACUUGCGCGCGCGGCGAUUGUACGAGCCCAUCCCGCCCCCGACUUUGACUUGGCAACCAAUGCGUGGCCUUGCGACUACACUCCGAUCCGAACCGAUCUACACCCAAGAUGGCAGGCCGUGCUGAAGGUACCAUCGACGCACAAUGCGCAAGUCAAGCCGAGGACGUUGACGCUCGCGAACCUUCUCGCUCUUCCGAUCAAGUUGCACACCCUUCACUACCUACCGGGAGCACCAGCUGUGUCGCGACCACCCUACGACGCCGACUAUGCUGCGUUUGCCAUUUACGCCAAGGUAGCGGACCUGUUUCGACGCGAGCUGUACCCGGGCGGGGGCUUUCAUCUCUGGACGCCGCCGACGGAUGUGGUCGUCAGCAACAGCGAAUACGAUCAACGGGGCCGCCCACAACGAGAGCACAUCGUGGCAUGGUACCGACAUGCGAUCAAUCGAUUGAGGUUCACACCAAUAGCUCAACCGGUGGCGGCAGUACGAAUCAACGGGCCUCCCCGAGUCCGCCCCACCACGCCGCUCGAGUCGAUCCUGCCCCAUCCGAUCGACCCGCCGCAGCGCCUUCCGAGACCGGCUCUCCCAGACCAAUCAACACAAUACAACUUGCUCAGCAUGGAUCGGCCAUACACCAUCCGUCGCGUCCGCCGAGUCUUGAAUGCAAAGGCCUUCACCGACACGAUCGGUUUCAGGGACUCGCUGCAGCCCGACGAUCUCAAGGGAUUCUGGAAGGGGGUCAACUCGAAGGCAUUGACGGCGAGGGAACGCGAGGUGUGGUUCAAGCUCGUCAGGAACUUCACCCCGACUCGGAGUCUGCAGUUUCAUCAAAAGCACGACGACUCGCCCGCGUGCCUCGUCUGUGGAGCGCCCAAGGACGAUCGGGAGCACUACUUCUUCGACUGCGUUGACUCUAGGAACGUUUGGAUCGCGGCAAGGGGCGUGCUCUGCGACGCACUGGGGCUCGACACGAUCGACAACACGCAUUACACGGCCGUUCAACGCAUGUUCGGACUUCCGAAGCUCAAGGCCAGUCUGCACGAUCAAGAAGGAGCGGGGAGGACGAUCGAAAUAUUCACCGGGCUGGUCUUGGAGAUGAUCAGCAGCGGGAGGUGGGGGAUGCAGAAGUGGGGGACGAGGAUGGAGGGUGUUGGGAGGAGGAGGAUAAUCUUGGAGGAGAGGUUGAAGCUGAGGGCGGGAGGAGCUUGGGGGAGGAGAGGGCAGUAG